UGUUUUUAAUUGAUUUUAUAUAAAAGUAGAAGCGGUCAAAGAAAGAAACGAGUUAUAUUUUCUCACAGUUCUCCGUUACGCUUCAAGCAGUCAGCUGGUCAUUCUGCGAGUCGUUGUUGUCAAGGACUUACAAUGUUCUGACCUUUGCUCUUUUACCUUGAGGCAUUGAGAGGGGAAUGAGCAGCAGCAGGAAUAAGCAUGGUGAAGUGUGCUAAGUCUGCACCCAAGGUCCUUGUCUGGCUUCUACAUGGGACAAGAUGGAUCUUGUAUCCUUCUUAUUUCACGUUCAAUGCAUUGAUCUCUUUGUUUGUAGUAACUUUUCAAGAAGAGGAUAAAUUGCUUCGAAUAUUCCUCAGAAAGCUCAUCUUAGGACCUGUGUACGCUGGUCUUUUCACCCUGUUUCUUCCUUUUCUAAUUUUUUUCCUGCCUCUCCGAUGUUUCCUGGUGGUGCUAAGGAACAAAACGCCUUACGUCUUGUCUGUGAGGCACACAGCGCUCACAGACCGCGAGACUCAGUACCAAAAUGAGCUCAUCGACAGCAACGACUACAAGUUUGGAGCAGGCACAGCCAACCUGUGUAUAAUGUCUGAAUUCCUGUCCCGAAUGAACCAUUUAACGGAUGUUGAUGAGCGCAGUCAGAAGAUGGGCGAAAGGAUCGUGGUGAGUCAGCUGUUCAAUGAUGAGUGGAACAAGAAGGUUCUGAAAAGGAAGGUCGUGUCUCAGAAUUCUCCGGGGAUACUUUCACCAGCAGAUAGCGGUGUUGUUAACAAAGUAAACAAUAAUGUUCACCGAAUACUCAAGAAAUGGACUGUUGAAGGUGACAUUACCACGAAGUUUAACCGGCUAGAUUUUAUUAUGGUUCAAGAAGCCUGGUCUAGCUACCACAACAAGAUGCUGAUUGAUGAGCUGCACAAAGUGUUCCCGUAUGUCGUUCACGAUGUUUCUGUCCAUGGCUUUGGGGUCAACCGAUUCUGCCUCUCCAGCGGUCUGUUGAUUGCCAGCCGCCAUCCUAUCAUAGAGAUUGAUUUCAAACCCUUCAAGAAUUUCAUUCUUCAUGGAAAACUUCUGUCGAAGGGCUUGUUGGGUGUAAAGGUGCUUCUUGGCUCCGACACUUCCGAGAGAAGGAAAGUUGGUUACUUGUUCAAUACUCACUUCCAGUCUUAUCAAGGCACAGAGUGUGUCAUCGCUCAACAGAUGGACGAAAGUAUUGUGUCGGCUCGACAGUUUAUGGAGCAGACAAGACACGACAACGAACAGGUCAUGUUCAGCAUUAUGAGUGGAGAUUUCAACUGUGAUAACCUUUCACCCUGUGAUCAAGGCACCGCCAACCAUGAGCUCUUCAAUGUUUAUGAAGAUAUCGCUCGCAUACGGCCGGGUAUGGACAAGCCGUGGACCAUAGGCACAGAAAUGAGGCAACGGUACAUGCUGGAGCCGGCUGUGUCCACCCCCGAGGGUCUCAAGGCCGCGCUGGAUGACCCCGUGCUGCGGCAGAGAUACGUGGUGGACGGUGACAUAGAGCUGCAGUCCAAGGAAGUCCUGGCGGCCGGCUUGCCCAAGGUCGACGCACAGGGAAACCUCAUCUGUCGCCAGGAAGGGGGUCGCAGGAGGAUCGAUUACAUCACCCUCCACAAGGACUAUCCUGUGAAUGUGGAAGGGUACCACUUCGUCACCCAGUUGGCCUCUCUGACUGACCAUAUCCCGGUGGCCAUCGAGUUCACCUGUCCAUGAGUUGCCUCAGUCCACACUUGCCUGCCCAAGCUCUCAAGUAUCAGCUUCUCAUCGUUAAAAUGUUGCAAAAUCAUUCCAGACUAAGUUAUGCUUGCAGUUGUUUCCUUUUUUUUCCGAAUAGAAGUGCUUUUCUCUUCUGAAUAGAAGAACUUAACAUACGAGUGUAGAAAAGUCUUUUAUUCCUUUCUAGAUGUUGUUGUCUUUUCAGGACGCUGUUUUGAGCCAUUUGUUGUUUGGAUGAUAACUCAUUCCCUGUUGCUUGAGUGGUUAUGUUGCUUGUAAUGCCGUUGACAUGAAAAUCUCAUAAAUGUCAUGACAUUAUUUGUCUGCUACAGAAGUUUUCGUACAUGUAGACAUUUAUCGGAUUAAUAUUUUAAUUUCCCCUCAUCAUUUUCUGUAUUAUCACACAUUGGCACCAGUUUUUUUAAGAUUUAUAAUUAUGUGCAAUAUAAUCAGACAAUCGUUCUAUGCAUCAGUAUGUGUACUUAUGCUAUCUUUUGAUUUACAAAUGCUCAAACUUUGUCAGUCGUACUCUUUUCUUUUAAAGGCUUCCAUCAUACCUAAUGAUUUACUCCAAAGCAGUUGUCAGGAAUUUCUCUUUUGGGGUAAAAGAAGUUAAGCCUCAUGACAGGUUGAAGGUUUACUGUUGUGUGCCAGCUAAAACAACUGGCGGAAGUUCAAACUAAAGUGUGAGUGAAUAAAUAAUUGUUGUUGUUCCUGCAGUAUGUUACUUUUUGUCGGCAUGCUGUUCAAAUUUACCGUACCCGGGAAGCAAGACUUUGCAGGAGAGAGAGAAAAACAUCUUUAUACUUUUCACAACUGUUCCUGCACCAGAAUUUAUUCUUGUUCCUAUAUUAUGUGUCUUUUUUGCUUUCUCCAACAUUUAGAAUUUGAAUUUUAUCAAAAUAUUUCUUGAACACAUGCAACUGGAAUUACAGGCGAUGAAGAGACUGCAAUCUUUAAAAAAAAGUAACAAUUUUGAGUGUAGUACAUUGAAACAGCUGGCCGGUGUAUUACAAUGGUCUCCUGUUUGGGGAUUAUGUGCUUAGGCUUUUAAUCUGGCCAUGUCUUGUUAAAUACAAAGCUGAAAUUCAACAAAUAAACGGAAAACAUAAUAUGUGAGGCGUCGUGGUGAGAUUAGGCGCUCGUCAAAAUAAUGAAAUUGAAGGGACCGGCAUUUU